AUGUCAGUCAGUUGGGAUACGCUGAAAACCUUAACGCUUUUUUUUGGCCCAAUACUGCUUCCAAAGCUAGUGGGCUACUAUCGAGCUUAUAAAUACGAACUUUCAAAGCCUCAUAGUGCUGUACGUCCGGUACCAAAACCGGUGUUAGGAGCACUUUUUAUACUCUUCAGUACUUCGUGCUACCUACUUGUAUUAACACUACCGUACUUUUCGCCGGAAGAGAUAUUUACUCUCACAUCAUCCCGCCUACAAAUACCCGUCGAUGUUCUCUUUAAUCGCCUUGCGGCCCUACGACCCUCAGGUCUAACGGAGACAGACCUUCUAUUCAAAUCAAAAAUCGUCUCUACCGACUCAAGACUGCUAUAUUUGCAGUAUGGUAAACCUACCAUCAUGAACUGCACAUUUUGUAGCCCGGAUGACCCCAAAUCUUACUUUUAUUAUGCCCUUCCAAUAUUAAUUACUCCUCAUUUACUCAACUUAUUUGUUCUUGAGUUUUCAACAAGUUCUUUCUUCACGAAUCGGGAUGGAAAAGUUUGGCGAACACGCGCAAACAUUGCUGCCAUGGUAUUAGGUGCCAUUGAUAUUUAUCGAGUAUUUAACUACCCGUUUUUAAAAAACGCACGCGUUACAACCCUUGACAAUAUUGAGUUUUUUUUCUGGACUUCCCGUCUCCAGCGACUUCUAGCCUUGGCCAUCCUAGAUAGCACAAUUGGCUGGGUAAUGUAUCUUUCUUCCACUAGAAGAGCAUUUUUCGAUUCAUCCACGGCCUUGGACCAUAUGGAGUCGUUGCAGUACGCUCUGAAUGUGGUACAGUCAAAAUUAACUGCUUUAGAAGUCCUUAAAAAUACUAUCGUGCAGGAUAACGAUCUAAGGGACCAAAACAAUCGACACUGGAUGAAUGAAAUUGAGCGAACUAGUGAGAUACUAGAAGAUGAAAGUGUGGUGGCUGCUAUUGCUCUUGCCAAACAGAGUCGUGUUGAUAUGAAGACUGUAAAGAAAGAUGCUGAUAACUAUUCAAGGCAUAUCAUGUCAGGAUUUCAAGAAAUGGCUGGAUCAAGUGCCACAUCAAAGCAGUGA